UUGUUGUGAGCCAGCGAAGAAUGCAGUUUGUAAGACCCAAGUUGAACCCAAGGUUUAAAUCAAAACGGCAAAGUAUUUCGCCUAUGAAUGUUAAACUGUGAAAUUUAAACUCUAGAAUGGAGGGCAAAGUGAUUGGGCCGGGUCCCUACAGGGCAACGAAACUGUGGAAUGAAACCAUAAAGCUCUUCCGUGGGGGCAUGCCAUUGAGAAGACACUGGGCACACUUCCGUAUCUAUGACACCAGCUUCACAGGCUCCGAGGCCAUUGAUUGGCUGCACGAGAUGCUGCGGCGGAACCAUAACUUUGGGCCAACGGUGACUCGAUACCAGACACUACAGCUUCUCAGAAAGUUCCUGAAGAAUCACAUUAUCGAAGACAUCAAGGGCCGCUAUGGGAAUGAAGACUUUGAGGACAGUGGCCAACUCUACAGAUUCCCUCCACUAUCGCCCCUGAAACCUGUGCCCCAGAGACUCCCAGUGACAGAGCUCAAUGACGUGCCCCGGCUGAUCCGCUGGGAUGAUUAUGAGGAGCUGCCUCAGCAGGAGAACCUACUCAGAAAGCCUCAAGCGCUGAACUCUGAGUCCUGGAAUAAGAGGCACAGCAUUGCCAUUGGGGAAGUGCCCGAGUGCAAACUCAUACGCAGGAGAGAAAUCACACCCAAACAAAUGGACCGUAUCUGGAAGUCAAUGACUAUAGCACAUUUGCAGAGAGUGCUGGGUUUGAAGUCAAUGGACGGAGUGCUGGACGGAAGAUAUGUAAAUGCCGAGCACAUCAAUCACAAUGUGUCCAGUGUCAACCUGACGGGAAUAGUUAUCCUGAAAAACAAAGCAGACGACAUGCCCUAUUGGGUUCUGUCAGCUAUGAAAUGCCUUGCCAACUGGCAGAAUGAGGGUGAGACUAGACAGCCCAUGUACCCAGGCUUCGAGAGAGAUGUCUUGAGGACCGUGGCCGAGUACUUCCAGAGACUAAAGGAGCCGCUGUUGACCUUUCACCUCUACGAAGUUUUUGUCAACAUACUCAGCCUGCUUCAGCAGCGUGAGAUGGCAUUGGAUGCUCUCCAGGUGUGCUGCCUUCUACUGCCCCCGGAAAACCGGCGCAGGCUCAAGCUGCUGCUCCGCCUUAUGGCCAGGAUAUGCCAAAACCCUGCCUUGCCACCCCUCAAUGACACCAUCGCCACACCCACCCUGAUGGUGCAAACUUUUUCACGCUCCAUUUUGCGCUCCGCUGAUGAGGUGGACCUGGACGAGCUGCUGGCCACCAAGCUCGUCACCUUCAUGAUGGAGAACCAUGAGGAUGUACUCUGCGUCCCCCGCAGCCUGCAUCGCCAAGUGGAGGAGCACCUCUCUCACCUCCGCAGGGUUCAGAUAAAGUACCUUGGUGCGGACGCAGACUCCUCCAUGGUGUCCCCAGCCUACUGUAGGCAAAUCAGCAGGGCGGAGUUUGAGGAACAGAGGGUCUCAGGCUCCCAGGGGCCCCUGCAAGACCUACUGGAGGGACUCGUUGCUGACCGAGGGCUCUCAGCUAAGGACAAGAGAAAGAGACUCAAACAGUUCCAGAGGUCCUACCCAGACAUCUACCGCCGGCGUUUCCCUACAGCGCAGAGCGAGGCCGCUGUCUUGCCUGAAAAGGAAAGGGGCCUGCGACUCAAACCACAGCUCAUGUUCCUGGCCCUAAAGAAACCCCUCCAGCCUUUCCAGAGAAGCUGGAGCUUCAGGGCUUGAAACUUUUACUUCUGGAUGAUCUUUUACUUUUCUGACUGCCAAUGGCUGACUUUCAUUGGGCCACCAGGGAGGCAAGGGGGAUUGUGGGUGUUGCAGUGUUCAGAGUAAAUUUGUGUCUCUGCAGACUGAAAUUACAGAGGUCAGUGUUUCCCCUACCAUUUGUUUUGGAGGGGCACCACCCCUAGCAGCCCCCUAAAAGAAUGACAAUAGAUAUAAUUAGGUUAUAUAUUCAAAAAAACUAAAAACGGACGUGCAAGAUAAAUCUGUUUUCACACAUACAGGCAAUUUGCCUCUUGCUCGUCACCUCAAAAGUUACAUUCAUUUGCGACUAAAGUUUGCUUUAGUUAUGCUAGCUAGUUUCGUUUUGACUGGCAACAUACUAACGUUGCUCGUCCACAAAUGCCCUAAUAAACGCAUAGAAUAGGGUUUGCUUCUCUUGCUCGGCUACCUGUUCGUGCUGCCAGGUAUCUCACACUGCCUUGCGGGGCCUGUCACGUGACUUCCAUUGAAAAUGAAUGGGAGGCCACAUUUUUGUCUACCGCCCCCCCUUGAAAAAAGUCCUAGGGGAAACACUGGAGGUUAUUUACCGGUGAUGGGUUAUGAUCGUUGUUGUUAAUUACUCUACACUGACUGUACAGGUAAAACUACAUUAAAAUGCAAAUAUGAGAUUUGGUUAAAGGCAGCCAACUGGAAAAACAAUUAUGUACUAACAAGUACGUAUGACGAUGUCUUAGGGCAAUUGUAGGUAUUUU